AUGGAGGAGGCGGACCGGCGGCGCCUUCUUCGCUCCCGGGUGCAACUGGUGAGGAAGCUGCAGCUGGAGCCGCUCUGGGCGCCGCUGCUGCGCCGGGGCAUCUUCACCGCCAACAUGAUCGAGGAGAUCCAGUCGGCGGGCCCGCGGCCGGACCAGGCGAGGAAGCUGGUGGUCGACCUGGCCACGCGGGGCCGGAGGGCGCUGGCGGAGUUCGUGCUGUGCCUGCGGGAGAGCGGGCAGGAGGACCUGGCGGAGCUGCUGAGCGAUGGACGAAGCCCCGAGGGAGCCCCGGACCAGCCCCCAGGACACCCCCGGCGCCCCAGGGAGCAGGCUCUCCACAAACUGCCGGAGGUUCUCCCGGACGACCGCGUUGUGGAAGAAGGUGACCUUCCCGUUGAUCAGGCCCAGGAUGGACGGGGUGCUGUGCGCUCCAAGGUGCUGGGCCAGGCGCCGUUCGUAGCCCGCAUGGAUGACACCGAUCCCCACACCUGGCAGGGGGAGGACAAAGCCCUCAACAGGGAAGCAACACAGGGUCCCGGGAGAGCUCUAGGCCUCCCCUGCUCAGGGGGAGCUGAAGCCUCCGGCUCUGGACUGACCUCAGACGACCUCAGACGGCCUCCCCCCAAUCCCCCAGACCAGCCUUUUCGGAUGCCGAGGGGAUCUCCGUCCCCCAAAAGCAAUGCCCGGCCUCUGACUCUCAGCUUCACCUGCUGCCCCUCCCCUCCCUCCGCCCCAAGGCUCACCCAGCGCCUCCAGCUCCUGCACCACCUCCUUCCAGACAGGCUCGAUGUGGAUGCAGCUGAAGCACCAGUCGGAGGUGAUCUUGAUGAGGUAAGGCUUCCGGAAGCUCUCGGGGACGACCUCGUUGACGUAGUGGGAGAAGUGGAGCAGGUACUUCUCGUCGAGGGAGUCCUGGUGGCGCUCCGAGUUGAAGGGGAAGUGGAAGAAGGACUCGUCAAAGUAGAAGCUCUCGUGGAAGGGAUGUGCAUGGCGGUGCGGCGCCUGCUGCUGCUGCUGGUGCGGGAAGCCCUGGUUCUCGCCCACGUCGCCGUAACGGUCAAAAUUCAACCGCUUCUCCUCGUUGGACAGGAUCUGCGCGGGAAGAGCCGGUCUCUCGUCCCCUCUUUUCCUCCCGACCGGCCUUCCCGAUCCCCCAACCCCCUGCAGCUGUCCCUCUCGUACAGAUCUGCACCCACAGUGUGUGGCCUCCAGCCUUUUCCUCUCUCCUCUCUCUCUCCCUCUCUCCCUCUCUCUGGCCCCCUAGGCCCCCUGGAGGAGACGCCCCAAAGGGAUUCUGAGAUGGUUUACUCCCUGAAUUCUGAGCCCUGCGGCUACUGCCUCAUCAUCAACAACGUCCAUUUUGACAAACGGACGGGUCUGAAACUUCGCCAGGGCUCCGACGUUGAUCGCCAGAGGCUGGAGAAGAGGUUCCGGGCGCUGCAUUUCGAGGUCUUGGCCAAGGAAGACCUCACAGCUCAGGGAAUCGCUCAGGAGCUGCAGAGUCUGGCCGGGCGCAAUCACAGCGGCCUGGACUGCUGCCUGGUAGUCAUCCUCUCCCACGGCUGCGAGAGCUACCACAUCCAGAUUCCGGGCGCCAUCUUUGGGACGGACGGGCAGCGCAUUCCGGUGCAGAAGGUGGUCAGCUAUUUCAACGGCUCCCACUGCCCGAGCCUGAGGGGGAAGCCGAAACUCUUCUUCAUCCAGGCCUGCGGAGGAGAGGAAAAAGACCCAGGCUUCGAAGUGGAGACUGACGCAACGCCAGGCCAGCGUGGAGGGGAGGCCGUGGAGUCAGACGCCACCCCCACGCCGGGCCCGGGAGGAGACAGCGAUGAGCUCGAUGCCACGGCCAGUCUGCCCACGGACAGCGACAUCUUGGUUUGCUAUCCCACCUUCCCAGGCCACGUCUCCUGGCGUGACACCCAGAGCGGAUCCUGGUUCAUCGAGGCUCUGGAUCAGGUCUUGGCUGAAAAGGCCCACCUGGAGGACCUGCCCAGCAUGCUCACGAAGGUGGGGAACAUUGUGGCUGACAAAGUUGCGGGGCCUUACAAGCAGAUGCCGGGUUACUUCAACUUUCUCCGGAAAAAGUUUUUCUUCAAAGCAUGACAACAUUUUGGCUGCUGCUUCCCCGUUCCUGGGACUUGAGACAUAUUUCUGCGGAUGUAUUGGGGGGGGGGGGGUGUUUGAGAUGCUAAGGCCCCAUUUCGCCACCUGGUACUAAGGAUCUGGUGUCUUCCCAGUCCUGCGUUCGAUGGGGAAGCCCCCAGCAACGGGCAGAGACCCCAGACUCCAAAUGAUCCCCCCUCCCCUAUCGGCCAGCCUUUGGAGUCCCAUGGGAACCUCCUCUUAAUCUUUUGGCUUCCGGAGUCCUAAAGGAACUAAUCGAUGUGAAUCCAUUUUCUACUGUUUACAUUUCUAUUCUUCCUCUUUUUCAAGAAAUCAAGAUGAUUACAAUGUGAAGGAGCUCAUAUAAAUCGUUUUUGAGCCACAA